ACAUGUCCUACUGCUGAGAAAGAAGGGAAGAGUGGCAGAGGCUUCCACGAAGACAACGCGAACGAAGACCGAGGAGAUGCGGAGGAAUCACUCGCUUCUCCUCCAUCUCUUCUGGAAGGAAGGAAGGAAUCCCAUUUCCUCUUCCCAUGGCCGCUUCCUUCUCUCCUCGGCGCCCGAAUCCCACGGCGCUUCUUCUCUCUCUGGCCGCCUCCCCCGUCCGUGGCGAUCGGAAGCCAACCCUCUCCCCUCCGGCCUCGCCACCCGUCAUCUGUUCUCCCGGCCAUCGCAGGCGGCGACGAGAGCCCAUUUCUGCGCCGCGCCUGCGGUCGGCCUCAAGGGUCUCGUCCUUGACGGGGUCCGCGCGCUCAAGAUCUCUUUCCAGCGGCGGUCCGGAUUUGAUCCCAAACGACUCCUCUCUUCGCAUGGAUUCCCUCUCUGGAGAAAAUUGAUGCCGUUAGCAAAUGGAGACGGAGUGGUCUUUGGUUUGAUUGGAGCUAAUGUUGCUGUUUUCUUAUUAUGGCGGAUUGCUGAUCCUGCAUUCAUGAGGAAACACUUUAUGAUUUCACUUGACAAUUUUAAAAGUGGCCGCUUGCACACUUUGAUUACGAGUUCAUUUAGUCAUUCUGAUACCAGCCAUCUUGUGACAAAUAUGAUCGGCCUUUACUUCUUCGGAUCAAGUAUUGGCAACCUAUUUGGUCCUGAUUUUUUGCUGAAAUUGUACUUAGCUGGUGCAUUAGGUGGAUCAAUUUUCUACUUGGUGCACAAGGCAUUUAUGGUUCCGUCUUCAAAGGGUUAUCGAGGAUGGGAUGAAUCAAGAAUUCCUGCACUGGGUGCAAGUGCUGCCGUAAAUGCCAUAAUUCUUCUUAAUGUGUUUCUUUUCCCAAAAAAUAUAUACUAUAUCAACUUCAUUAUACCUGUGCCUGCAGUAUUAAUGGGAGCAUUCUUGAUUGGAACUGAUUUGUGGAGGAUUAAGCAGGGCGAGGGACACAUUUCAGGUUCAGCACAUUUAGGUGGGGCCGUAGUCGCUGCCCUGGUGUGGGCCGGAAUCAAGAAGCGCUGGAUCUGAUCAAGCAGGCAAUAUCAUCAGACACCCUUUUAUUUCAUAUGUUCAUCAAAGGGGUAUGGAAUUUAGUAGCAAUGAGCACUGUGACCACACAUUGUUCUUGGGACGCCUCUUCUGCAUGCAGCA